AUGAAUCAUUACAAGUGUAACAUUCAAAACAAGACUUCCAAACGUGAGCUUUCUAUCCUGAAGCAGAAAGAAAAUGAAGGGUUCACUGCCUAUUUGUGUAGGUUGAGAGAAACAGUUGCGCAAAUGGUGGAUCCUCCCAAAGAAAAGGAGAUGGUUCGUCUCUUUAUCCAAAAUCUGACUCACAAAACCGAAAAAGAUGUUUCGGAGAAGAGAACUACAGAGAAGGAUUCUUUAGAGAAAAAUCAUGUGGAACAGAAAAAAUUAAAUUCUGAUGAAACUGAUGUACCAUCUGAAGUGAAACACUUGCUUCAAUUUAGAGAUGGAAAAUCUGAAACAUUAACUCUAAAGAAGGUUAUAGGAACAAAUGAAUUGGGUUGUAGUUAUCAAAGAUACACUUUGAACAACAAUGAACAAAGUGAGAAUGUAUCUGCUACUCAUACCACAACUAAGAUUGGGAAUCAAUCUGAAUCAAAAGAUGGUAAACAGGAUAGGGAUCAAAGUGAAAAGGAUGUGGAGCAAAAACAGGAUGCAAUUACCUCUGAAAAGGACAAACAGGAUGUGGAUCAAAGAAAGUACAAAGAAUCAACUAUCAGAAUUAUGCAAAAUUUGAAGAGAAUGGAAAAGGCAAGCAAGAUAAAGAAAAAGGUGGGAAAAGCAAGCAAGAAGUUGAAGGAAGGUGGAGAAAAACCAAAGGAAAAAGUGUCUGUAAAGGAAAAAAGUCCUAAAAAGGAAAAAAGCCCUGAAAAGAAAAAUGUGGAAGAUGACUUUCCAAAGACAACAGAGCUGAAAGAAGGAGAAAAGGAAAAUGUUCAAGAAGAUAUGCCAAAGACUACAGAGAUGAAAGAUACUAUUGAAAAUGAGAAGAAUGGUAAGAGAGAUGCAACAGAAAUAUUACCUGAAUUUGUACAAAUUGAGGAUGAGACUCAUCUGAUAGAUCCAGAAAAGGAAACGGCUGAUCUAUUGACAAAAAUGAGUAAGGAGCCAACUGCCUCAUCUCAAAAGAAUGUUGUAUUAGAUGAAUCUGCUGAAAGAGGUCAGAAAGAGGCAACUGCUCAACUUGCUGAAGCAUCACAAACUACACCAGCAAUAAAAGAUCAGAAAAAAAGAAUUUCUCAAAGGACUUCUCCUAUUCAAAAGAGAGCUGGUGCACCUGCUGAAAAAAUUGCAACACCUGCUCCCAUUAGAAGAAUGGCAGGUGGAAAAAAGAGUCUUGCUCCUACUACAGCAGAAGGACUGAAGAAAAAUGCUAAGAAAGCAAAAAUAGUUGUGGGCCCUCCCAAAAAGAAUGUAGGGAAGAGGAUAAAAAAUACAAGAAGUACCAUAGAUGAACCAUCUCAGGAGCCUUCUUCAACUGACAAUGGUGAUGAUAGUGAAGAUUCAAUUUACAAGGCUGAAAAAGAGUUUGUCAGUGAGGAAAUUGAAGCCGACCUUCUGUGCAGUUCGACCUGA